GUCCACACUCCAUACCAGCUGGUGGCGGUAAUGCAAUAAGAAAAAGAGAGAAGAAGGAACAGUUGUUCCCCUCGCGGAACAAGAAUCUAUGCAUUGUGUUUCAACGGACACCCUUUUUGGACGGACUUAAGCAUUAGCUUCGCAGGAGGAGCAGGCGAGUCGCUUCGUUCUGUGUGAAGGAACAGCAAAGAUGCCCAAAAAGAAGACUGGAGCUCGGAAAAAGGCGGAGAGCCGUAAAGAGCGAGAGAAGCAGAUCCGAGCCAACAGAGAUCACGUAGAUGUGGCCAAACAUCCCUGCAACGUGAACAUGGACUGUGACAAAUGUCAGAGGAAACAGAAGAACAGAGCAUUCUGCUACUUCUGUAACUCUGUGCAGAAGCUGCCGGUCUGCGCGCAGUGUGGUAAAACUAAGUGCAUGAAGGCUUCAGAUUGUGUUAUCAAGCAUCCAGGGAUCCACAGCACAGGAAUGGCCAUGGUGGGGGCAGUGUGUGACUUCUGUGAAGCCUGGGUCUGCCAUGGUAGGAAAUGCCUGAGCACCCACGCUUGCUUGUGUCCUCUGGCCGAUGCAGACUGUAUCGAGUGUGAGCGCGGAGUCUGGGAUCAUGGAGGCAGGAUUUUCCGCUGUUCCUUCUGUCAGAACUUCUUAUGCGAGGAUGAUCAAUUUGAGCACCAGGCAAGCUGUCAAGUCCUUCAGGCAGAAACAUUUAAAUGCAUUUCCUGUAAUAGACUGGGACAACACUCGUGUCUACGCUGUAAGGCUUGUUACUGUGAUGAUCACGCCAAGAGUAAAGUCUUCAAACAGGAAAAGGGAAAAGCUCCGCCUUGUCCGAAGUGUGGUCACGAGACUCAGGAGACAAAGGACCUCAGCAUAUCCACUCGCACCUUGAAGUUUGGUCGGCAGGCCGGUGGCGACGACGACGACGAUGACUACAACGGAGCUUCAGGAUACGAUGCCUACUGGAAGAACCUGGCAGCAGGAGGAAGCCAACAAAAUGACUACGGAGAUGAUGAUGAUGAUGAGGAGGAUGACGGGUAUGAGGAGGAGGGGUAUGAUGAUGAGGAAGAGGAAGAUGAGGAUGAUGAAGAGGACGAAGCUGCUUCUGAGUCUCUGGCUGAACUGAAGUUAGAUGGUCCUCCUGCCUAAACUAAGACUGAGUUGAUGAUUCUGUUCUGAGUAAUGGAGUCCUACAGAGCUGUGGAUAAAUCUAGAGCACCUUGUAUUCAAACAACUAAACAGUUUUGUUAUCUUUGGAAGUGGUUCUGAUCCAUAGCUUUCCUAGCUUUCUGGUGGCAUUUUAAAGUUUUUAUGUAUUUGCUUGCUUGUUUAAUCAUUUCUUUCCAGUCUUGGUACCUGAGGAAAGCAUGGCAUAUUUUGGGGUGUUUGCUUAAAUAAAUGAGUACAGUGGAAAAGUGGAGGACAUAAGGAGAAGUUUCUUACUUAAAAACCAUGUUCACCAAGUAGACGGUAGCAGAAAGUCAAGUCUUUAAGAAACAGCAACAAUUCCCCACAUAGUCCUUACACGGGAGUAAGUCAAGUUUUUAGUGAGUUCUAACAAAAAAUAACUUAAUUUCUCUGGCAUCACAUUAAAAGAACUUUAGUCUAUAAGAACAAUAUGACGGAAACUUUUAGCAGCUUUGAAUCUGCGAUGGUUUAAAAUCUUACUGAUAACCAGUCCAUGCCCAUUCCCAACUAUAGUUAUAUAGUUUAGGAGGAUUUUUUUAAAUGACUGGUUAUUGACAAAAACGAACCUUUUCUAUGACAUGUAGAAACAACACCGAUUCUUCUCUUUUCAUGCCAGAAUGGUCAGAGUUCCGUAAUAAUAAGACAGUCAGGUUUACUGCAAUGAAAUCCGGUUAUAAGCAGCCAAAUUCUAAGGAAAAUAUUUGAAGCCCUUCAGAAAGUCUAAGGAAUUGUUGAUCAAGACCACUUUUAAAAUGAGAAAGUCCAGCUAUUUGAAAGCAUAAAACAACAUAAUGAGAAAAAACUCCAUACUUGUGUUUUCUAUUCUGAGUUGGUUAUUCAUUUAUGCUCUCAAGCAACUUUUAGAAAUGUUAUAAAUAAUUUUAAACAGAACAAUUCUACACAGCGCUGAGCAAAUAAAGCUUGAAUCUGGAACACGUUAUGACUGCCAUUAGUCAUUUUAAUUUCCUAGGCUCUGAAGAGUUCAACUAGGAACAUUAUGCACACACACUUUGUGAAAAGAUUCUGUGAUAAACGUUUUCACUAGUUUGUGUGAGCUUUUUUCUGUUGUGUGUCAAAGGUUUUCAGUUUGUAAGAGUCAGGUUUUAUCUGUUUGUAAUCUGAUUCUGAAUAAUGUCUCUGGUUGUAUCCCAUACAAAGAGGUUUAUUUGUAAAGCACAUUUCAUCAGCAAGACAAUUCAUAGUGCUUUACACGAUGAAGGAGGAAAUAACGUAGAUUGCAUUGGCACAAUAAAGAAAUGGUUGGAUAACA